AUGUCACGCGCACUCCUCAUCACCGGCGCUACCGGCAAACAAGGCGGCGCCGUCAUCAACGCCCUCCUUGCUCGCCAGCCGUCGGACUUUCUUCUCCUCGCAGUAACACGAAACGCCCAAUCCGCCUCAGCCAAGAGUCUGGCCGCAAAAUCCAAGAACAUCAAACUCGUUGAAGGCGACCUCGACGCGACACCCGCACUCUUCGCUUCCGCCAAAGCCGCUGCCGGGGCUGUUCCUCUGUGGGGUGUUUUUUCCGUGCAAGCUCUUCAAACGAACAGCAAGAAUGCAGACCACGAGACCAGGCAGGGGAAGGCUCUUGUAGAUGAGUCGAUCAAGGCCGGCGUGCAGCACUUUGUUUACAGUAGUGUGGAACGUGGCGGCGACGAGAGGUCAUGGAGCAAUCCCACUCCGGUACCGCAUUUCAUCACAAAACAUCAGAUUGAACAUCAUCUGCGCGACUCCACGGCGAACGGAAAAAGUCCCAUGGGAUGGACCAUCAUCCGGCCAGUCAUCUUCAUGGACAAUCUUCUGCCGGGCUUCUUCGGCAAAGUCUUCUUCACCAUGCUACGCGAUACCAUGAAGGAAAAGCCUCUGCAGUGGAUCGCGACGAAAGAUAUUGGUUUCUUCGCGGCGGAAGCUUUCCAUCAGCCAGCUACGUGGAACAAGAAGGCUUUCGGAAUUGCGGGAGACGAGUUGACCUACGCGCAGCUGAGCCAGACUUUCGAGAAGGUCACGGGCGCUCCCACUGGCACGACUUUUGGACUGCUUGGCAAGGCGCUGAAGCAUGGAGUUUCGGAGAUUGGUGUGAUGGUGGAUUGGUUCAAGAACGAUGGCUACAAAGCUAACUUGGCGGAAGCUAAGAAGGUUCAUCCCGGUGUGACUAGCAUGGAAGAUUGGCUGAGGGACAGUGCUUUUGUCAAGAAGCCGUAG